UGUAGUCUUUGGUCCAGCGGAGACGUCCGACUUCUUCCAAACAUUUCUCCGUCCAGGAAUACAAAAGUGAUGCUUCACCGUGACCGGCUGCACAUAGACGCAGAGGAGGACCAGCCGUGACAGCUUUAUAACCCAUUUCACCGUCUUCCAAGGAGUAUAUUCCUCUUUUUUUGUCUUUACGAAUUGAAGAAGAAGAAGAAGACGCCGUUUGCGUCCUCCGGUAAUGUCGGACCGCUUUUAAAAACAAGUCCACGAACUUUUCUGUCUCCAUGCGGGAUAGGAAGCAUCUCGGAGUGAUUUUUAGCCACUUUUGUCCCAGUGAGGAUUGUGAGCUGUCGUGUUUGGGCGCAGGAAUGCCUCGUUUUUCGCCAUAGCUCCAUGUAAAGCUUUUUGUCGUCCAGCUCUUCGCCCGGCGGACUCUGCUGCUGCUGCCACUGGAUAUACGAGGACUUUCUUUUGCGCAGUAAUUUGGUGUAAAUGGAUCGCCAGUCCAGUUUCAUUUCCAUCUGGCUUCAACUAGAGCUCUGUGCCAUGGCUGUUCUUCUCACUAAAGGAGAAAUAAGGUGUUACUGUGACGCGCCGCACUGCGUAGCCACAGGAUACAUGUGCAAAUCAGAACUCAACGCCUGUUUCACCAAGGUCCUGGACCCGCUCAAUGCAAACUCUCCCCUCACCCACGGGUGUUUAGACCCCAUCGCCAACGCGGCGGACAUGUGCAGCAGCAGCACGAGGAGCGCGGACGCCCUCAGCGGGUCCUCGGCCACGUCGCUGGAGUGCUGCCACGACGACAUGUGCAACUACAGAGGCCUGCACGACCUGGCGCACACCAGGGACUCGACAGAUCACAGCCGGUACCAGCCAGACAGCAACAACAGAAACCUGGUGACCCGGGUUCAGGAGCUGGCCUCGGCCAAGGAGGUGUGGUUCCGGGCGGCGGUGAUUGCCGUCCCCAUCGCCGGCGGCCUCAUCCUGGUGCUGCUCAUCAUGCUGGCGUUGCGGAUGCUGCGCAGCGAGAACAAGCGGCUGCAGGACCAGCGGCAGCAGAUGCUGUCGCGGCUCCACUACAGCUUCCACGGCCACCACACCAAGAAGGGCCACGUGGCCAAGCUGGACCUGGAGUGCAUGGUGCCCGUCACAGGCCACGAGAACUGCUGUCUGACCUGCGACAAGAUGAGGCAGGCUGACCUGGGCAACGACAAGAUCCUGUCUCUGGUGCACUGGGGGAUGUACAGCGGCCACGGCAAGCUGGAGUUUGUAUGAUUCCUGCUGGGAACAAUGUGACCGUCACCUGCCCGCAAACAGCCAGGACUGCCUCUCAAUCGUUGGCCUUUGCUUUUUUACUUUAGAAGACAUUCCCAUGUUUUUUUGUCCAUUGGACUUUUGGGUUGGUGUUUUCAGUUUUUUUUUUUUAAACCAGUGGCGAAAAAGUACGAGACUGAUCUCAUGCCGUGUGGUUUUUGCUAGAGGAGCACUUUACUUGAAAAUGAAAGGCAAAGCAACGAGGAGCUGUAUUUAAACUUGAGAGGGCAGGACUGAGGUGGAGCGAGAGCUCUGUCACUGCUCCCGAGGAUCCUGGACUUCUACACUGAGCGCUGAAGGAUUCCAAAUCUGUCUAAUUUGCACAUUUGUAAAAAACAAGUUGUCGUUGCUUAAAACAAGAAUUUUACACUGACACCAGGGUACAAAACAGGACUUGUUUGAGGAGUAAAAAAAUUCAGUGUUUGACUGUAGGUGUGCACACUCCUCUGUGUACGUUUCAUGGUUCAAGCUUAUUGUAAAGAUUUAAAAAAUAUAUAUAUUUUUGUCUGAUAAAACUGACUGGUGUGUGUCUUGUUCUGGGUGAAUGUCCAACAUCUCUCUCUGUGAUCAGACUAUAAGCUUGAUUGUGAGUGUGAAAGAAAAACUUCCAUUAAAAUGACUUUUUAUUUAUUUGA